GUGGGUAGCACAUGCGAAGUUACAUAAGUGGGUAGCACAUGCGAGCAUACACACGUGGGUAGCACAAGUACGGUUAUACCAAUGGGUAGCUCAUGCGAGAUCACUUCAGUGGGUAGCACAUGCGAAGUUAUAUCAGUGGGUAGCACAUGCGAGCUUAAACACGUGGGUAGCACAUGCGAAGUUACACCAUUGAUUAUCAUAAAUGAUGUCACACCACUGGGUAGCCCAUACGAGAUCACUUCAGUAGGUAGCACAGGCCAAGGUACACGUCAAUACAAUGGUAGCAACUGCAAAGAUGCACGUCAGUACAAUGGUAGCAACUGCAAAGAUGCACGUCAAUACAAUGGUAGAAACUGCAAAGAUACACGUCAAUACAUAGUAGCAACUGCAAAAAUGCACGUCAAUACAAUGGUAGCAACUGCAAAGAUGCACGUCAGUACAAUGGUAGCAACUGCAAAGAUGCACGUCAGUACAAUGGUAGCAACUGCAAAGAUGCACGUCAAUACAAUGAUAGCAACUGCAAAGAUGCACGUCAAUACAAUGGUAGCAACUGCAAAGGUACACGUCAAUACAAUGGUGGCAACUGCAAAGAUGCACAUCAAUACAAUGGUAGCAACUGCAAAGGUCCACGUCAAUACAAUGGUAGCAACUGCAAAGAUGCACGUCAAUACAAUGGUAGCAACUGCAAAGAUGCACGUCAAUGCAAAGAUGCACGUCAAUACAAUGGUAGCAACUGCAAAGAUGCACGUCAAUGCAAAGAUGCACGUCAAUACAAUGGUAGCAAAAGAUGCACGUCAAUACAAUGGUAGCAAAGAUGCACGUCAAUACAAUGGUAGCAACUGCAAAGAUGCACGUGUAGUAGGUAGUUGGAAUAAAGAUUUUCGUAGCACUCAGCAUAUGAGAAUGUAG